AAUAUUUUAAACAUAUUAAUUGAUUUUUUUUAUCAGUUUCAAAGAAGACAUAAAAUAAUCAAACUGAACAAUAAACAACAAACAAAGGGGAUUCAUUUAAACUUUUUCUGCUUAUAAAAUUUUGCCAGCAAUAUAAAUAAAUUAACAAUGUAUUCAAGACAUUUGUUAGUUUUGUUUUCAUAAUGCACAAUAAUAUCUUUUAAUGUAAAAAUGUAAUUAACCUUUACUAAAUUAUAAUUAAAUUUUGCCAAUCCCAUCCAAAAGUUUUGGACAAUUUUACAUUCAAAGAACAAAUGAGUCAACAGGUCUCUCUUACUUUCACAAAAGGAACAUAAAUCAUCAAUAUCAGAGUAUCUUGAAAUUAAUCGUGGUUGACAGUAAAGCCAUGAUGUCACGUCAAUUACCCAAAUAUGGAGAGCGUUUGACCAAUAGGAUUUCAGCAAAUGUUGACGCUGGCUGCUAACCGCACCUUGUAUCGUAGCAACAUCUCAGGAUGGAUUUGUGAUAUUGUAUAUGCUGGUUAUCUGUUGGAAGCUGCUUCAACAAGUUUAGACAGUGCAAACAGUGCAUCGACAUCAGAGCGAUUAUCAGUGGGAGUGUCUCAACCAGAUUAUGGACUGGUAAAUUUGCCGUUUGUGUUCUGUAAACUGGGGCGUCGAAAACAAAAGUAUCUGUACUGCGCUAUCACUGGAUGUUACGACACGAUGUCAACACGAGUAAGACAGUUUUUGUUGCUGUCCUCCCUGGUGGCUUUGCAUGCAGAAUAUUCUGGACAUCACAGUUUGAUCAUAUAUGUGACAUUUGCUCCCGGUCAUCAAUAUCUACCUAAAUACUCAUCAUAUGGCAUGCUUGACGAUUACAGAGUAUUUACUUAUGACAGCACCACUGAUGUAUUUUCACAUCCCUUUGGCCAACUGGAAUCUCUGUCCACUGUCUGGAGAGAUCUUAGGGAUUGCACGAACUUUAAAACGGGCUAUUUCAACCUGUUUUCAAGAUAUUCAAAUUUAACCUUGGGGUUGAAAGGUCCACUCUUGCAGUUAAUGUAUGGCUGUCAGCUGAGCCAUAAUGGAACAUCAAGUGGACUGUAUCAUUUUUCAGCCGAUGGAGAGUAUAGUCUCUCUAUGGAUAUGGACAGCCCUCAAUGGUACUCAUAUUUGCCACAGGAUCUGGACAUUAAGAACAUUCUAAACAGGUUUGAGCUCUGGAAUCACAAUAAUCUCAUAUACAUUCAUCGUGAUUGUGUUCCUCGGCUCAAGAAGUUCUAUGAACACAGCAGAACAAUACUUGACCAGAAAGUUCGCCCUAAAGCUGUGAUCAGUCAUAAGCGUGCUGGAGCUCUGAACUGUGUGGUGACGGGAUUUUACCCUAAAGAAAUCACUGUAGAGUGGAUGGUUAAUGGACAGCCAGCCUUAGAUGGGAUAUCAACAGGCCUCCUGCCAAAUCAUGACCAAACAUACCAAAUUCAGGUGACAAUUCUGUUAUCUGACGCUACACAAAACUACUCCUGUCAAAUAAAGCACAGCAGUCUUCAAGAACCGAUGGUCCUUACAUGGGAUGCUUCCUCAAUUAUGACUGAUGAAAAAACGUCUCUGCACAUUGGUUUAAUUGCAGGACUUAUCACAAUGCUUACACUUAUAGUAGUUCUUAUUUGUUUCAUAUUGAAGCGUGUAAUUUGGAAUAAAAAUGUAUAUUUGUAAUGUAAUAUAAUUGUAGGGUAAUUUUUAAGUAUAUUAUAUAUUAUUUUCUAAAUAUUAUAUUUUUUUCACUGUCAUCCUAAAGGCUUGCUGUAUAAAACUCUUAUAAAUAAAUAUGGUAUUUAUAUGAUAAACUUUAUAUUUAUAAAUUAAUUUUUUUGGUUUCUAAUUUAUUAUAUUGUUUUGUUAAUUUAUUGUUGUUUUAUGUUAUAUGAGAUUCAUGUUGACUGUCUUCCUUAACAUUUGUUUUAUUACUUUGAUUUUUAUAUUUGUAAAAUAGGGAAAUUGGAUCUUAUUAGCUAGAAUUAUGGAUUUUACAUGUUAAUUAUUGAGAGAUGAAACAGAUCCACACUUGUCCAAAAUUCAGCCAAAAAGCUUAUUAAAUAUAUUGCUCAGA